UCCGAAAUUUUGGGGACGUCAUUCAUUUUCUCGACCAGCUGGCCCAGUCCAGACUUAAUUAUUCAUAUUUACUUUUGCUGUGAUACAUUUUGAAUUCUUUGUGAAUGUUAUGUAUAUUCUAUGUGGACACAACGGUACUUACUAGCGUGUUUGUAGUGGAAUCAAGGCAAUACAAGACUGAUGUUUACCAUUUCGGCAUUAGGACCUGGCCAAUAACGCUUGUAGGGGAGCUGCCCCGACACGCCAUUGGCGGAGGUCUUGCCACGUGCAAGAUUUCUUGACUUUUCUCUUCUCUAUCUGACAGCGUUUUACUCAGAGGCGGCGGAACACAAAGGUUUUCAUCCCAACCUUUUCGGAGGUCAAGCGUCAGCCCUCCCCCGCGACUCGCGAUACCUCCGCCAUGGCGCUGAGCCCAACGUUCGACAUCGACGCCCCGCGAUGGGACCAGACCACCUUCAUGGGGAGGCUCAAGCACUUCUUCAACAUCACUGACUGGCGGACGGCGCUGCUGCCUGACUCGCGCUUGGAUGAGGCCAAAGCGUUGGUGGAAAGCUGCAGGGCAGGUUCCGUUCCACCGGGUACCACCGAGGAGCAACUACACUAUGCCAAGAAACUUUACGACUCAGCUUUCCACCCAGACUCGGGCGACCGUAUGAACAUCAUCGGCCGCAUGUCUUUCCAGGUCCCCGGCGGCAUGGCCAUCACCGGCUGCAUGCUUCAGUUCUACAGGACGGUGCCUGCUGUCGUGUUCUGGCAGUGGGUCAAUCAGUCCUUCAACGCUUUGGUCAACUACACCAACCGUAACGCCGCCUCACCCAUCACUCCCAAGCAGAUCGGCGUCGCCUACGUGACGGCUACUAGCACGGCCUUAGCCACAGCGGUGGGACUCAAUCUCUACACGAAGAGAGCACCCCCGCUGGUGGCGAGAUGGGUGCCUUUUGCAGCUGUGGCGGCGGCCAAUUGUGUCAACAUUCCCAUGAUGAGGCAACAGGAAAUAUUGAACGGCAUCGCCGUCACUGAUGAGAAUGGCAACAAGCUGGGCCACUCGCAGAAAGCAGCGGUGAAAGGCAUCACGCAGGUUGUCAUCUCGAGGAUCACCAUGGCUGCACCGGGAAUGAUUAUCCUCCCUAUCAUCAUGCAGCGACUGGAAAAAUAUAAAUUUAUGCAGAGAAUCACAUACCUCCACGGACCCAUUCAAGUGAUGAUGGUGGGCGUAUUUUUGAUCUUCAUGGUACCAGCAGCGUGCUCCAUCUUCCCACAGAGAUGCUCCAUUGCAGUAUCAAAACUGGAGCCCGAACUCCGCGACUCCAUUACAUCCAAAUACGGCGAUGGCGUGCAGCGCGUCUACUUCAAUAAAGGCCUCUGAGAACUCCAUCUGCAAGACCUAACGUAACACUUACUCCUUCUUUCCACUGUACAAAGAGGUGCUUAUUACGUUGAAUUUAUAGCUUAUACAGCUUUCAAUUUUUGCUGUGAUUAUUCCUACUUUUCUCUAGUACAAACCAAAUAAGCUUUUCUCAGGACCUUUCUUUUGGAGACUUUUACUAGCUGCAAUCUGAACCAAACAGGUUCUGGUACUUUUUCAUUUUGUUUCUUGAAACGUUUACGUGCCUUGGACAAUCUCACAACUUCCACAAGGCUCCCUUGGAUGUUCUCAAAACACAAACGGACUUCUACGCACAGUUGAAGCAGUGUUAACGACACGGCUCGUUUCAAAAAUAUGGGAGUGACGUGACAAAGGUGUGCAGAAACAGUGGACACGCCCGACUUUGGUUUGCGUGAUUCAACUGAAGCUGUAUUUUAAAAAAAAAAAUGAUACUGCUCAUCCUCAUAAUAUGUUGGAAUAAAAUAUAUACUACAGUAUUGUCCUUUAUCGUGCUGUUACAUUAUGAUUUAGAAAAAAUAAUAAAUAAAUAAAUGUCCAGAACUUUGGUGCAACAGUGGAGAUGAAAUGUAGAACUCACU